CUCACCGUGAGAGUCAUUUAAGUACACGGGCGCCGUCCGCAUCGCCCGCCCGUCAGCAGUCGGGGUUUCUCCUGUGUGUCAGAUCCAGUCACUGAUUUUCGACUACCGCAAUUGGGCAGGACCCGACUCUCGGUAGUGCGGCCACCACACCCAUUGACUCGAUUUGCGACUCUCCUUGAACCUACACCAUCCCCACGAGAACUAUAUUUGAGUUAAGGUUCUGCAGCGUGCGCCUUCGUCUCAACCUCAACUCUGCGAGUCACGCCUACUCGACCGGACAUGUGCUUUCCGUCGCUGCUUCAUAUAAAAGUCUUUGGCCGUUCCCGCACCACAUAUCGCAGCUAACACAUCCGACCCGGCGACAAGCAUUUUACCACAAGAUUACCACCUCCAUCGGAUGAAAGAGUGAAAGAAUCGUUUGAACCACCGCCAAGAUGAUGCCCGUCGAAGGGCGCAGCAAGGAGAUCCUGAUUGUCGCCGUCGUGUGCAUGUCCGUGUCGUUUAUCACCGUGUGCCUGCGCUCGUACGUGCGACUGCGACUGAUCAAGGCGUUUGGAUGGGACGAUGGGUUGAUGGUGAUUGCUACGGUACUGAACAUCUUCCUGACCGUCUGCGCCAUCAUCGGCGCCAAGGAAGGUAUCGGUCGCAAGUUGACCGACUUCCGGAGUAUGGACGACCUGCACCGCGCCAUGCUGUGGUGGUGGCUGGGCCAACUCAUCUACAUGUGGGCCUCCGGCGUGGCCAAGGUGUCCAUCGCGCUCGCCCUCCUGCGCCUGACCGUGCGCCAAUCCCACCGGAUCAUCCUGUGGACGGCCAUCUGCGCCUCGGUGACCGUGGGCCUGGUCUUCUGGUUCUUCAUGGUGCUGCAAUGCCACCCGGUCUCGGAGUUCUGGGAGCGCACCGGACAGGGCAAAUGCCUCGACACCUCGGUGCUGCUGGUCGUCGCCUACGUGUACAGCAGCAUCUGCGCGGCGUGCGAUCUGGCGUUAGGGCUGUUGCCGAUCCUGCUCGUGCGCAAACUGCAGAUCAACCCCCGCACGAAGAUUGCGCUGGGCGCGACGCUGAGUAUGGGUUGUGUCGCAUGCCUGGCCCUGAUCAUCCGUAUCCCCUUCUUACCGAGUUACAAGGAUUUGGACUUCCUGUACUCCACCUACCAAAUCGAUCUCUGGUCCUUCCUGGAACUCGGCCUGGGCAUCACAGCCGGCAGUCUGGUCACUCUUCGCCCGCUGCUCCGCAAAUUCCUGGACCACGGGGCGUCGGCACCCGCUAAAACCCCCUACGCCUACACGUACACCACCCGCAGCGGCGGCACUUCCCGCAAGCCCCACUCCCGGUCCCGCGGCAGCUUCCCGUUCUCGAGCUUCUCGCGCACGCGCACGGAGAAGGAUCAGGAUCUUGAGGUUGAGUUGGUGGACACGGCGUGGCGGCCGGAUGUGCAUGGCGUGGAGCGGUCGGCGACGGCGAUGGCGAUGGCGACUGUUGUUGGUGGGAAUGCCAAUGAGGCGAAUGGGAGGGGUAGGGAGAGAGGGAAGAGUGACAGUCAGGAGAGUCUGACGGGGAUGGGGUUUCAGUAUGAAAAUACGGUUGGGGGCGUGGUGGGCGGCGGGCAGUGGGGCACGGAUGUCGUGGGCAGUGAGAGGAUGGUUAGGGUGCAAAAGUCGUUUUAUGUCACCGAGACGGAGAGGAGGAUCUGA